AUGGAGCGGGGCUUGCGAGGAGGCGGAUCUGUGGACGUCGGUGUACCAAAGCCCCCGGAGGCCAAGAAGGAGGCCAAGAGCAAGAAGAAGGAUCUCAAGGAUGUCAAGGAGUCCUGGGGUAAAGUUGAUGAGUUGGAUGAGCGGCAAAAGCAUGACAUGGCGCUCCUGGGGAAGCAAACAGAUGUUCUCCGCAGCACCCGAGAGCCCAAGAAGAAGCGGCGAUCGCAACAAGCACAGCUCGAUCCAACAGUUCAAGAAAUCCUUGACAAGUAUUGCGAAGGCUCUGAUGCAAACCUGUCUCUCCAAAUGCAACAGGCGUUGAAAGAGUUAGCAAGGCAGCUGGCCGCGGCACAGGAGCGUGCAGACGCCGCAGACGAGGCCUUGACUUCGACUCAGUCGCAGUUGGACAGCGAGUCCGAAGCCCGUCGCGAAGUCGACGGAGAGCGGCUGCAGGCCUUGCAACGGGUCGAAGAGUUGGAGCUCGCUGCUUUGGAGUUUCAGGCACAGCGCCGGGCCUGGGAGGAGGAGCGUAAGCGCCAGCCACGGGAGCCACGCGAGUCACGCGAGUGCGCGCGGUGUCGGGAGUUGGAGGGCUUGUUGAAGGAGGCCAUCCUGCGGGGCGCCAAGCUGAGCCGCAAAACGGCCGAGGCGGAGGCCGCGAAAAACGACGAGCAGCGGAAGGCCGCCUCGGCUGAGCGGCAGCUGCAGCGGCAGACGCGGCGCGCGCAGCGCCUGGCGCAGCAGCGGAAGAGCCUGGAGCUGGCUCUGCGCAGUGCGGAGCGCAGGGGCGAUGCUGCAGAGGCCCGGCUCGGGGAGUAUCUGCGAGCUGCGGCUGAAGGUGCUGAGAAGGUCAUGGAGGCCCACAUUCAGCACCUCGCAGCGGCAGGGACGAACCUGGCAGCCAAGGUCGAUGAACAGGCCGAGAUCAUCCAAGUCCUCCGUGGCCUCCUUCAGGACCACAAGGACUUCAUCCGCCAACAGCUGGGAGCCGAACUUUCUCUCCCUGCACCUGCACCAGCGCCAGAGUCUGAGGGCAGCACGGAUUGA